CGAGUCUUACUGAGAAUCGCAGUAGCGGACUAUGGCAGGCAUGGAGCUGGAGGUAGCGCCGUUACGGAGCUUCGAUGACUUCCUGGCACACUCGGCUCGCUUCCAAAUUCCCAACUACCGGGAACCGGAGAAAUGGACGAACCGUGUUCUGCAGAACCUGCUCUACUACCAGACCAACUACUUUGUCUCAGCGGUGAUCAUCUUCACCCUCGUGGGGGUGAUGCACCCGCAGCAGUUUCUGUGCGGGAUGGCGGCGCUGGCCGUGCUGUUUGCCGUCUUCUACUAUGUCACCAACCGGAAGGCGAUGGCGUCCCGCUUCCGGCGCGACCACCCGCUGCUCAGCCUGACCAUCAUCCUCACCGGCGGCUACUUCAUCAUGGCCAUGCUCGGAUCCGUGCUGGUCUUCCUGCUCGGCAUCUGCCUGCCGCUCUUCGCGGUGCUGCUACACGCCUCGCUGCGACUCCGCAGCAUCAGGAACAAGCUCACCAACCGCAUGGAGUCGGUCGGCAUGCGCCGCUCGCCGAUGGGACUCUUUCUUGACGAGCUGGGGAUGGAAAGCGACAAAGUUGUCAUGUGAGCAGGCUCAGCGUCACCUGAGAGAUGGCUUGAGGUCAUGUGUGGAGUUUUGCGUCGCUUCUUGCCAGUUGGUGCUAGAGCAAUUGAGACGCUUUAUUGCUGAAUGCGAACGCUGAAAUCUGAUUUGCUGCUAACUACUUGGGGGGUUGUAUGUGUGCCAUAAUUUACCGGUUUAGGGUUAUGCUAUCGGGCUUAUAUAGCCGAGUUGAAGGACAGAGGCAUGCAUUUUGGUCGUAUUUGUUUUAUUGCGUAUGAAGCUGAGUGUUUAUUCCUUCUACUGUUGAUUCCAAAGUCAUUCCAGAAAUGGCCAUGAUAUUUUCUAGUGUGCUGUGACAUAUCUUAUUUAUAUUCGCAUGUGCAUUGCGCGUAUCGGUGAUGCCAAAAGAAUGUUAUUUACGGUUGGCUGGCCAGUGCUCCUGUGAGCUCGCCAUUGGUUCGACGGCCAGUGUUUGCGUGUGUUCGGUAUGAUCAGACGUUGGGACUGGUGGGCAGCUGUUUACUAGUGAUGAGAUGUCCAGGCGCUUGCGCUGGUCAUCGGGAAUAGGAAUAUCCUGAUGUAGCCUGGUCUACCGGAGAGGAGCAUGUCUGUGUAGAAGGAAGCAAUACCAACUGAUUUGUAAAGGCAGC